UUGUUGCAGGAGAGCGUGGCGCUGUCGUGGGCUGCCCGUAACUAGGCAGCAGCGCAUAUCUGGCAACCCAGAUUAGCAGAGGCCAGCAGCAGAUUGCCUUCUGCCAGUGUAAUAUCAACAUUGGGAAGGACGCAGUCCAAAUACAGAGAUGGCAGUGAAUGUUUACUCCACGUCAGUAACAAUUGAGAACCUGAGCCGACAUGACAUGUUGGCAUGGGUGAACGAUUCGCUUCAGCUCACCUACACCAAAAUAGAGCAGUUAUGUUCAGGGGCGGCAUAUUGUCAGUUCAUGGACAUGUUGUUCCCAGGGUGUAUUCUUUUAAAGAAAGUGAAAUUUCAAGCAAAGCUGGAACAUGAGUUUAUACACAACUUCAAAGUACUGCAGGCAGCUUUCAAGAGGAUGAACGUCGAUAAAAUAAUUCCUGUGGAAAGAUUAGUGAAAGGAAAAUUCCAGGACAACUUUGAAUUUGUCCAGUGGUUUAAAAAAUUCUUUGAUGCCAACUAUGACGGAAAAGAGUAUGAUCCCCUUCAAGCUAGACAGGGCCAAGAUGUGGCACCUCCACCAAAUCCAGGUGAACACUUUUCCCACAAACCCAAGAGAACUGGUCCCUCAGGUCCUCAGAGAACAUCGCCAACAGUACCUAAAAACAUGCCCACACCACAGAGGGUGACCACCACCAUAAGGAAGAACCCCACACAUGCCCGAAACGGGGCAAGCGAUGCUGAAAUCAUGGAGCUUAAUCAACAGUUGAUGGAGCUGAAGUUAACUGUGGACGGUCUGGAAAAGGAGAGAGAUUUCUACUUCAGCAAACUUCGAGACAUUGAACUGAUCUGUCAAGAACACGAGACCGAAAACGACCCCAUUAUCAGUAGGAUAAUUGACAUUCUGUAUGCCACAGAGGAUGGCUUUGCACCGCCAGAAGACGAUGAAAUAGACGAGCAGGCCCACUUGGACCAGGACGAAUACUGAGCAGCCUCCUUUUCUCUUCUACAUCGUCGUGAUCCUUUACCAUUUCCUCUCCCCACCACUUUGAAUGACUCCCCCCUCUCGCACGCUGUUAAUAUCCCCUCAGUUUCCUACAAAUGAAUUGGCUCACCAUAUAUACUCUAUCUGUUUGUCCUCCGACGCUGAUUUAUGCACUACAUACGUAUCAACAAACACUCGCCGUUCUCACCCCCAUCCAGAUUGUAGCACCAACAAUGACACAUCCUAGCCGUCUCAGCAUGUUUUACAUAUCGACAUAGAGAAUGAACAAAAAUAAAAGGUAUCAUAGAUUGUGGGUAGCACAACGGACUGAAAAAAACAUGUAAAUAUUUUGACGGGAAUAGAGAAGAAAAUUGUCGCCUGGAAUGCAGUUAUUCAUUGUGAGAUUUUCAUACGCAUUUUCUUUGAGGUCUGUUUUGGCUCCAUUCAGUAUGAAAUGAUCAGUAUCACGCCAUCCAUUUGAGCCUCCAGCUUCAGUCUGCCUCUCUCACUGACUGUACACUGUUAUCAUUUACUCAUUCUCACAUCGUUCCAAACCUGUAUGACUUUCAUCUGUGGAACAAAUGAAAAAAAAAAAAAAAGACAAUUUGUAUAAAAAGG